ACAAGAUGGCGGCGUGCUGAGCUCGGUCAGUGACAAGCAGACAGAGGAAGUGACCGGGCUGGCUGAUCUCAUUACUGGUGAAGCUAAAUCCUGAUUGCAGACACAGGGGAAGAUGGCAGGUCUGGGCAAUCAGAACCUUCUGGUAUAUGUGGAAGAGGGCAAUAUUGCUGCUCUGAAAACCCUUCUGGAAAAAUGCAAAGAUGUGGAUGAAAGAAAUGAGAAUGGACAGACUGCGCUAAUGCUAGCAGCUGAACAGGGCAAUCUAGAAAUUGUUCAAGAGCUGCUCAGGAAGCGAGCGAACUGUAACUUGGAGGAUGUUGAUAACUGGACUGCUCUUAUUUCUGCUGCCAAAGAAGGCCAUUUGGAAAUCGUAAAAGAACUACUCAAUUACAAUGCCAACCUGGAACACCGAGAUAUGGGGGGAUGGACUGCCCUUAUGUGGGCAUCCUACAAAGGCAUUACCGAGGUUGUGGAAGUACUUCUAGAGAAAGGCGCUAAUCCCAAUAUAACUGGACUGCAAUACAGUGUUUAUCCAAUUAUUUGGGCUGCUGGCCGAGGUCAUUCCGACAUUGUGAAACUGUUAUUGCAGUUUGGAGCAAAGGUUAACUGUUCGGACAAGUAUGGAACCACACCUCUUAUCUGGGCUGCCAGGAAAGGACACCUGGAGAGUGUAAAGGCUCUGUUGCAGAUGGGGUCCGAUGCUGAUCAGGAGGGAGCUAACUCUAUGACUGCCCUCAUUGUGGCAGUAAAAGGCGGUUACACAGACACAGUCAAGGAGAUCUUAAAGAGGAACCCUAAUGUCAACCUAACUGAUAAAGAUGGCAAUACAGCCCUGGCCAUUGCAGCAAAGGAGGGUCACACUGAAAUUGUGCAAGAUCUACUUGAUGCAGGAACAUACGUCAACAUCCCCGAUCGGAAUGGAGACACGGUUCUUAUUGGUGCAGUGCGUGGGGGUCAUGUAGAGAUUGUCCGGGCUCUGCUGCACAAAUACGCAGACAUAGACAUUAGAGGGCAGGAUAACAAGACUGCUUUAUAUUGGGCAGUUGAGAAAGGAAAUGCGACUAUGGUCCGUGAUAUUUUGCAGUGCAACCCUGACACAGAAAUAAGCACAAAGGAUGGGGAAACUCCACUUAUUAAGGCAACAAAAAUGAGAAGUAUUGAAGUGGUUGAGCUUCUGCUUGACAAAGGUGCAAAGGUGUCUGCUGUUGAUAAGAAAGGAGAUACUCCGCUACAUAUUGCAAUCCGAGGUAGAAGCAGAAAGUUGGCAGAAUUGCUGCUAAGAAACCCAAAAGAUGGAAGACUACUGUACAGGCCUAACAAGGCUGGGGAGACUCCUUACAACAUUGAUUGUAGCCAUCAAAAAAGUAUCCUCACUCAGAUCUUUGGUGCACGACACCUAUCCCCUACUGAAAAUGAUGGAGAUAUGCUUGGUUAUGACCUGUACAGCAGUGCCCUGGCCGACAUACUCAGCGAGCCCACCAUGCAGCCUCCUAUCUGUGUUGGACUGUAUGCUCAGUGGGGAAGUGGAAAAUCAUUUCUACUCAAAAAGCUUGAAGAUGAGAUGAAAACCUUUGCUGGCCAGCAGAUCGAGCCUUUGUUCCAGUUCUCUUGGCUCAUUGUGUUCCUCAUCCUCAUGCUUUGCACUGCUCUGGGCCUUCUGCUGUCCUUCACAGUAGAUCCAAAGCUGGGGAUCUCUGUGGCACUCAGUUUGUUGGCGGUUCUCUACAUAUUCUUCACUGCUGUUUACUUUGGUGGACGACAAGAGGGUGAAAAUUGGAACUGGGCUUGGGUGCUAAGUACGAGAUUGGCCAGACAUAUUGGAUACCUUGAGCUUCUCCUGAAACUGAUGUUUGUAAACCCACCCGAGCUUCCGGAGCAAACCACUAAAGCUUUACCUGUUAGGUUCCUCUUCACAGACUACAAUCGGCUUUCUAGUGUUGGAGGAGAAACCUCAAUGGCUGAAAUGAUAGCCACGCUCUCUGAUGAUUGUGAGAGAGAGUUUGGUUUUCUGGCAACUAGGCUCUUCAGGGUGUUCAAGACAGAAGAAACCCAAGGCAAAAAGAAAUGGAAAAAGACUUGCUGUCUCCCAUCAUUUGUCAUCUUCAUCUUUAUUAUGUCCUGUAUCUUUGCUGGUGUUAUAUUGCUGGCUAUCUUCAAAGUGGAUGCCAAGAACAUGACUGUGAAUGCCAUCCUGAUAGCUGUGGCUUGUGUGGUUGGUCUGGUGCUUGUUCUGAAUUGCCGUACGUGGUGGCAAGUCAUGGAUUCAAUCCUGAAUUCCCAGAGAAAAAGACUUCACAGUGCGGCAUCCAAACUUCACAGGCUGAAAAUCGAAGGCUUCAUGAAGGUCCUGAAGUGUGAAGUGGAACUAAUGGCUAAGAUGACAAAGACUAUUGAUAGCUUCACCCAGAACCAGACAAGGCUGGUUGUGAUUAUUGAUGGACUUGAUGCCUGUGAGCAGGAUAAGGUUCUCCAUAUGCUUGAUACGGUUCGAAUCCUGUUCUCCAAGGGUCCUUUCAUUGCUAUUUUUGCAAGUGACCCACACAUUAUCAUCAAGGCAAUAAACCAGAACCUUAACAGUGUUCUUAGAGAUUCCAACAUUAAUGGACACGACUACAUGCGCAAUAUUGUCCACCUGCCCGUGUUCCUGAACAGCCGCGGCUUCGGCAGUGCCAAAAAGCUGUGUGUAGCAUCUGUCACCAAUGGAGAUGUGCCAUACCUUGAUAACGCAGGUGGACAUGAAGAUCUUGAUAGGAGGGUCUCCCAGAACAGUCUUGCAGAGGGUGCAAAACUUGGCAGCAAAACUGCCCUAAAUAGGCGGGACACUUACAGAAGAAGGCAGAUGCAGCGCACUAUAACGCGCCAGAUGUCAUUCGACCUCACCAAGCUGCUGGUGACAGAGGACUGGUUCAGUGACAUCAGUCCUCAGACAAUGAGGAGACUGCUCAACAUUGUUUCAGUAACAGGACGAUUGUUACGAGCCAACCAGAUUAAUUUUAACUGGGAUCGCCUUGCCUCUUGGAUUAACCUGACUGAACAAUGGCCAUACAGAACCUCAUGGCUUAUAUUGUACCUAGAGGAAACAGAAGGCAUCCACGAUCAGUCAACACUGAAAACCAUCUAUGAAAGAAUUUCAAAAAAUAUUCCCACAACAAAAGAUGUUGAGCCCCUCCUUGAAAUUGAUGGGGAUAUUAGAAACUUUGAAGUAUUUUUAUCGUCCAGGACACCAGUUCUUGUGGCUAGAGAUGUGAAGACCUUUUUACCAUGUACAGUAAACCUGGAUCCAAAGCUUCGUGAAAUCAUUGCAGAUGUACGUGCAGCCAGGGAACAGAUGAAUAUUGGAGGGUUUGGUUAUCCCACAUUGCCCUUGCAAGAAGCGCCUCCGCGAGCAACAUCUGUUUUCAGCCAGCCAUCCUCUGUGUGCUCUUCAACGUCCUUUAACGGGCCAUUCCCUGCAGGAGUCAUAUCUCCUCAACCACCAAGCAGCUACUACAGUGGUAUGACUGGGCCUCAACAUCCCUUCUACAACCGGCCAUUCUUUGCACCUCAUGUUUACAUGCCAAGGUAUUACCCUGGCAAUCCCCAACAUCCCAUGUCACGUCCAUCCGUAAAACCCAAUAUGUCCAGAGAUCAGAGCAGUGGCUUAGACAUAAUCGAAGAGGAUGUUUCGGAGAGCCAAUCUUCUCCCACACACUGCACUCCGGGACCAGGCAGUGUUGCUGGAACACAGACCUCUGCGCUGAGUUCCAUGAACGUGGACGCGGUGUGUGAAAAACUGAAGCAGAUAGAUGGGAUCGAACCGAGCAUGUUGGCGCAAUAUACAGCAACUAUACGCAAGGCCAAUAUCAAUGGACGUGUUCUGCAGCAGUGCAGCAUGGACGAGCUGAAAAAGGAAAUGAGUAUGAAUUUUGGAGACUGGCACCUCUUCAAAAGUGCACUUCAAGACAUGAGAAGCACUGACAUCCAGACACAUCCUGAAGAAGUUCGAAUGGUACCAGAACCGGGGCGGACAAUGGUGCCACACAAUGAAGUCAUUAGACGUUCUGCUCCAAAUCCAGAGCUGCCACACACUGACCUUGCAGGUCAGGGCUAUGAUUUCAGUUUCAGCUUUGAGGAACUCAACAACAUUGGUUUUGAGGAGGCUCCACGUCUUAGUAACCCUGGUUGGCAGGGACGGACUCAUAGAACUCCAAGCCUCACAAGUCUUAAUUCUCAAGAAUCAAGCAAUGACAUUUCCAGGCUUACAGAUAAAGUGCAGGCAGAAUACAGAGAUGCCUACAGAGAAUACAUUGCUCAGAUGGCACAAAUUGAAGGUGCUGUGAGCUCCUCUACUGUGAGCGGCAGAUCUUCCCCAAUGAGCUCCAGCGCAUACUACAUAGGGCAGAGUACAUCAGUGAGUUCUCUGCACUCCAGCACAGAGCAGGACAAGAGCAAAGAUACUGAACCUAAACAGGAAGAUGGAAGGAAGCAAUUUUUGCUAAAGAGAAAUGAUGUAGUUGAUUACACUUCUUCAACAGUGUCUACUACCGAUGCUUCUCCUCUAGACCCCAUUACAGAAGAAGAUGAAAAGUCAGAUCAGUCUGGAUCCAAACUUCUGCCUGGCAAAAAGUCAGCAGAAAGAACCAGUAUUUUCCAGGCGCCAGAUAUAAAGUUGAAGGGAACGGAUUUGCGAUACCAAAAGCUCCCCAGUGAUGAAGAUGAAUCUGGAACCGAAGAGUCUGAUAACACUCCACUCCUUAAGGACGGAAAAGACAAAAGGGUAGAGAAUAAUACAGAUAAGAGGGCAACUGAGCUUUCAUCAGAGCAUGUGAGAACCUUCAUCAAAGCAAAGGAGUAUUUGUCUGAUGCUAUUCUUGACAAGAAAGAUUCCUCUGACUCAGGUGUCCGAUCUAGUGAAAGUUCACCAAAUCACUCCCUCAACAAUGAGAACACAGAUGAUUCCCAGCUUGAGAAAGCAAAUCUCAUUGAGCUUGAUGAUGAACGCUUGCGAGGUAAGAGGGGCAUACCCAACAGUUUGAGUGGUCUUCAAGAUGCCGCUGUGGCACGGAUGUCCAUUUGCUCUGAAGAUAAGAAAAGUCCAUCAGAAAGUAGUCUUAUUGCCAGUAGCCCUGAAGAGAAUUGGCCUUCUUGUCAGAAGGGAUACAAUAUGAAUCGCACUCCCAGUACAGUUACCCUCAACAAUAACACUGCUAACCAGAACUUUGAAGAGACAGCGGAAGCGAAGGAAGACUCUCCAAUAAUAGUCGUCCCUGGGUCAAGCCCAGUCCAGAAUGAGAACCUGAAGCGUCUGACCCACAAACGAUGCCAGCGUUCCGGAUACAGUCGGCUGGCAAAAGAUGCGUCCGAGUUGCAUACAGUUGCAUCAUCUGACACAGCUGGCUUUUCGGAAGAGAGAGAGAGUAUCCUUUAAACACUCUACAUUCGUAUAAUGUGCUUUUAUCAUUCUUCAUUCGUAGCCGUCAUCUUGCGUUCCCAUGUCAUCUAAACUUUCCAUACAAUUGUGAUCCUUAACAAAAGCUUUAUAAAAUGUACUGGAAGCAUUUAAAUGCCAUUCAACAUUAAAUUAGCUUGAAAAUGUUA